UGACACACUGACACUGUGUAUUAAAAUUUUAAAUAAUACCAUGUUAAGCCGACUGUGGUGUGACUUCAAAGUUUAAACUUCUUAUCAUCACGAAAUACGUAUUCGUCGUACUAGGUUUUUUUCCUUGUAAAUACAAAAUUUUAGUACAUCUGACAUCAUAUUAUACUUAUUUACGGUACAUCACUACAUCAUUCAGUCGUACACGUGUGAAGUUUUAAAUGAAAUAUAUUAUGACGCACUGUGGCGUACACUCUACACAACCUGCUAUUAGAUUGUAGCGACACCGAAUUGUUUUGCUCCACAGUUUGUCAAUCUGAGGCGGCGGCCUGUGGCGGUGAAGCCCUAGAAUCAACAUUCGCUAGUACGCAACGCUACUAGAAUUUUGGAGUUUUGAAUAACGUUAAAUGCAAAUAUUAUUCAAUUGCCAGUUAUAGGUAAUAUUUGAUAAUCGUACGACGAAGAAACGCCUGAGCAGCGGGCAUUGGGAUUAAUGAAUAGCUGUACAGAGGACAAAUUUAUACGAAACCGUAACAAUUCAAUCGGGCCGACUUGUUGAUAAUUUUGUUUUAUACUUUUCGGAUAAGAUCUAAUAAUUUUUCUCGCCGUUUUCAAUUUUAAGCGAACUUUGCUCGUCAGUUAUUGUAGAAUAUUACGUUGCUUUCGGUUGUGCUACAAUGUCAGAAAUGGAAAUCUCUUCUGGAUUGGAAGACAGUGAACCAGACAUUUCUUAUAACAUGGAUUUAUUUCAACAGAUGAUAAAUUUGUGUCGAAACAAUAAACAGUUUCCCCAACCGUAUAUUGAAGAUAUGAAUAAAAUGUACAAAAAAUGCAAUUAUAAGCAAAAAAAAUCAAAACUUUUAUGCGAUUUAAUACUUAAAGGAAUAGAGUUAAUUUCUCCAAAGAAUAAUGAUUCUUUUCAGUAUGCUGCCAGUAUAUAUAAUGAAUUAUUGCGACUAUCUGAAAAAGACUCAACUAAUUUACAGACUGAAAAUUGUGUUGCUAGUACUUCAAAUGGUAAUGCAAAUAUGAUUACUGAAUUAGAGAAUGACACAAGUAACAAUGAAAUUAGUGAAAGUGAUAAAAUAUUCAAAGAAUUGAUUGAAAAAUGUUAUCAAAAUACACAUUUUCCAAAAUCAAAUAUUGAAGUGAUUAAUAAUUUGUAUAAAUCUCUGCCUUCUGAAUUUCUUGGUUCUAAGUAUUUUAUUAUGUUGUUAAGAGAAGCAAACCAAGUAAUCUGGCCUGAUAGUGGUAGCGUUUUAUAUACACACAUGGAACAUAUAUAUGAUCAGCUACAGCAAUUUAAAACUUCAAUGAAGGUUCAAGAUAGUAGAACAUCUAUUACAAAUAAACAAAUGGAUGAAAAAACAUUAAAACACCUCAAAAAACUAAAAACUGCAUUGAAGAUUAUCCGAAAAAAAAUUAAAAAUCUUGAUGAAAAAGAAAUGGACAUAAAUAAUGAAAAUGAAUUUAAUUCUAACUCUGCAUAUAUAUUAAAGGAUAAAUAUGAAAAAAGGAUUGUUCAAAUAUAUAAACGAAUGUGCAAGCUAAAAGAAGAACCAGACUUUUUAGAAGAACCUAUGCUGCGUUUCAAAGCAACAAAUGACAGUUUGGUUAACAAAACCAUUGAGAAAUAUUAUAAUCUUAACAAAACAUUUCCGGAUUAUUUUGAAAUAUAUACAUUAUUACAAUGCUUAAGAGAUAAAAAGAAAUUAAAUUGGACUGAAACUGAUUUAAAAAAUAUUUCUCAUGAUGCGUUUCUUAAGCUUGGAAAGCAAUUAAAGCUUCGAAGACUGAAUGAAUAUUUUGGUCGUUUGGUAAAUGCAAAUACAAUAAAAGAUCCAGCAGAAGAAAAUGAAGAACUCAGAAGGAAACUCGAUGAAAGUAACAAGAAGUUGCAUUCAGAUUUGAACGCGUUGACACUAAAGUUUAAAAAUAAACAAGAUUAUGCAGAGGAAACAGAAGGAUCUAACCUUAAUAAUACAGAAUGUGAAUACAGUUCAGAAAGUGAUUGUUCCAAUAAUAAUAAAAAAUUUAAUAAAGAAUUGAAACCUAUCAAACAUAUAUUAGUUAAACGGAAAAGAUUAUUAUCAUCAGAAUCAGAAAAUGAUAAGCCACCAAAAAAGAAUCAGAAAACUAUUUACAUGGAGUCAUUUGAUUUAGCACCAAGUGGUGUUACUUCAGAAAAAAUACUAAAUGAGAUACAAGAAGAAACAACUGUUAUUACAAAAAAAGUUCCUGGUCAAAUGACAACUAUAAACAAUGAUAAUGAUAUUGUGAUAAAUAAAAUGUAUAGUGAUUAUUUAGCAAAAGAUACUGACAACAUUUCAAAAAAUACUGAUCUUAUUAUGUCAAAUGGAGAAACAUGUGGUGUUAACAAAAAUGCUUCCAAUGAAAUAACUUUAAUAGAUGUUGAUGACACAACAAAUAAAAAAAACAAAAUUUAUAUUAAAGAGAUUUCUGAAAAAGUAACCAAGUGUAUUAACAACACUUGUGAAACUUUAGGAAAUAAUAAAUUAGUCACAGAAAAAUGUCUAGAUGAUACUGAUACAGAUGGAACCCUUAUGAUUGAUGAAGAUAUUAGAGUUGAAGAUAAAACUAAUAAAACAGUUACUAAAGAACCACAGGAAAAUAAAAUUACAGAAGUAGAAAGUGAAGUCAAUUCUAUGAAUCCUAGUACUAUUGAUAGUGAAAAUGAUGAUCCAAUUAUCACUGAGCCUGAAGUAAUAAUACAUGAAGAUAAAGAUUUGAGAAAAGAUGUUAUUGAGAUUAAUGAACUUGAUGAUGAUUCAGAUGUAGAAAUAACUUCUUGUGAAACAUCCAUAGUUCCAGUUCAAAAUAAGAAAUCUCUAGAAUCUAUUAUAAAAGCUAUGAACUUUCAUAAGAAGUACAAUUGGAAUAAAGAACCAAAGAAAUCAAAUCCUUUACCGCCUCCUGUUGUUACAAAGACCUUACAUCAAAAUUCAACUAAUUUGAAUCAGAAUUUGAACAAUAAUUUAGUCAAUCGUUGGGUUAUGAACAAUAUACGGCCUCCAAAACCAAGUAGCACAAACAAUAUUCCUAAUCUCAGACAUAAUAAUAGACAUAGACCCACAACUUAUCAGGGAAUGAGGUCAACUUCUUUUCAAAAUAGUGUACAAACUGCAAGACAGAUCACUCAACGUUUUUCAAAUACGGUUCAACAACAAAGACAUUUUAAUAAUCAAUCAGUAUUACAAGAACAAGUAACAACCAUGACUACAACAACUACAGUUCGACAAAUAGUCCAGAAAAAUCAAGUCCACCGUCCCGGUAAUUCUGUAACUAAUAGUGGUAACAAACCUGAACUUAUAGAACUGGAUUAGUGUUUUAUACUGUAAAUACAAUCUAAUAUGUUUAUUUCAUCAUAAUAUUUUAUUUUUUAUUUGUUAGAUAUUAUGGCAUAUACUAUUGUACUAUCAAAGUUUUUUAAUAUUUUGUCCAAACUAAGUAUAAUAUUUUAUCUUGUAUAAAAUAUAAAAUUAUUGAAUUAAACUAAGAAUCUGGUUAUAUUUGUUUCUAUUUAGCACCAACUAUUUCUUUGUAAUUGUAAAUAUUUUAAACUUAGAUCUAUAUUAAAUACCUAUCUAUUUUAAA